AUGGCGACGAUUCUCGUGACUGGUGCCUCCCGAGGCCUGGGACUCGAGCUUGUGAAGCAACUGCUGGAUUUACCCGCAGCCACGAUCGACAAGGUCUUCGCGGUGACGCGAAGCCAGCCCACUCCUGGCCUGCAAGAGCUCGUGAAUUCGUCUCCGGAUCGUCUUACAAACGUCAUGAUUGAGGACUUGUCCGACCUCUCGCGUGCGACACAGGCCUCGAAAGACAUCGAAGCCGUACUGCAAGGACGCGGCUUGGACAUACUGGUGAACAACGCGGGCACGGCUGUGGAGUGCCCCAGCGGCAUCUGUUCAAUGACGAACCAAGAAUUGCUGGAUGUGAUGAACGCCAACGUCGGUAGCGCUCACGCUGUGACAACGGCCUUCAUUCCGCUACUACGAAAAGGAGGCCACAGAAAAGUAGUGAACAUGUCGAGUGCAUUAGGGUCCAUUACCCGGUACGACACAUACCAGUGGGCGACUACAUACUCAUACAAAAUGUCCAAGGCAGCAAUGAACAUGCUUACUGUCCAAUAUGCGUUGGAGUUUGACAAGGAGGACUUUACCUUCAUAGCACUCUCACCAGGGUGGAUCAAGACUGACCUGGGCGGCCAGAAUGCCGAUAUUGAUCUUGAAGUUGGCGGCAAGGCGAUCAGAGAUAUAGUGCUCAGAAGUGAUAGAACAGACAAUGGCAAGUUCCUCUGUAUCCGAGUGCCGGGCUGGGAAGGGCACAAGGGAAUGAAUCAAUACGAUGGGCUUGAAAUGCCUUGGUGA